CAUCUAAAACCCUACGCAAAAGCCUUCGAGUUCCGGUUUCUGCAUCUCUUUCCUUCAUCGUUUAGCCAUUGAAGUUAGCUUCGAUUCGAAAUUAUGGCGGCCGUACCGAGAGGCCUCAUUUCUCGCAUCAAUCAGUUUCUAUCAAUCCGGUCUAUAGCUCCUUCAUCCUCUGAAUCUCUACCUCAUUGUAGCUUCUUUCUGCUCCGACGAUUCAGCUCAGAUACUGGGUCGGUCGACGGUGGUGGAUCUGAUAUUAUCGGGCCUCCGACCAGAAUCAUCGAGGCGAAACAAGGUGAGAUGUCUAGUAGCUCCAGAAGGACUGGGAUCAUCGCCGUUAAGUGUGGGAUGACUGCGCUUUGGGACAAAUGGGGAGCUAGGGUUCCGAUUUCUAUUCUUUGGGUUGAUGACAACAUUGUCUCUCAGGUUAAAACUGUUGAGAAAGAAGGCAUUUUUGCGUUACAGAUCGGAUGUGGGCAAAAGAAACCGAAGCAUUUGUCAAAGGCUGUGGUGGGGCAUUUCAGAGCACAAGGUGUGCCGUUAAAGAGGAAGUUGAGGGAAUUUCCUGUGACUGAAGACGCUCUUCUUCCUGUUGGUACUUCACUCGGAGUCCGCCAUUUUGUUCCGGGACAGUACGUUGAUGUCACUGGGAUCACUCGAGGAAAAGGUUUUCAGGGAUGCAUGAAAAGACAUGGUUUCAGUGGAAUGCCGAAAUCACAUGGUGCUUCAUUGUCCCAUCGAAGUGGUGGUUCCACAGGGCAAAGAGAUGCUCCUGGAAAGGUGUUCAAGGGGAAAAAAAUGGCUGGGAGAAUGGGUGCAGAUCAGAGAACAGUAAAGAACGUUUGGGUUUACAAGAUCGAUCCUGCGAGGAACCUCAUGUGGGUGAGAGGACAAGUUCCUGGUGCAGAAGGAAACUUUGUGUUCAUAAAAGAUGCAUGGUGCAAGAAACCAGACAUCUCAAAGCUUCCAUUUCCAACUUACUUAGCUCCGGAAGAUGAAGAUCCAUCAGAAUUAGAACCGUUGGUUGCAGAUCUUGGAGAAGUUGACCCAUUUAUGUUGGCAGAGUGAUGAAAACAACAUGAUCUCGAUCUUCAUUUUGGCUUUUUACAUUAAUGGGAGACCAGAAAGAAGCUGUGGAAGUGGAAUCACAGAGCUAAAGCUUUUUGCAGAUGAAAUUGUCUUUUCUUAUUUUAGUUGUUUGGAUGUAUGAUUUGAAAACGAUUAAAUAGAGGAAUUUAGGCUUGCUCGCAUUUGUUAUAUCACAAUGCUUAAAGAGUUUGCAAUAAGCAAGAUUUAUUAUG